AUAAGAAAGCCAGUUAUGUAAUGGGAUGUUAACAGUUAACAGAUCAUCCAUCAAAUAAAGCAGCCCGAGUCACAUCAAUCAGAGUUGAGGUGACUGAGUGAUCUUGAAUAAACUCGGAUUGUAUUCAACAUGAAUUUUGCCAUUUUCUUGUUCGUUUUGCCUUUUUGCGGCUUGACUUUGGCCCAGAAAUUGAACGAUACCAUUGUCGUGGAGAAUAUAAUUGAAACACAAUCAUGCGAUCCUGUCAUAUGUGUUUUCCUGAAAGAGUUUAGUGCCAUGACAGAAAAGAUGAGAGCUAUGGAAACCAGACUGAAGGACAGUGAAACCAGAUUAACAGAGAGUGAAACCCAGAUUCUUGAACUGCAGAACAAAGAAAGAACCACGGUGGUGUUCAGCGCAGCACUUGGAGGAGAAGAUAGACACAUUGGACCCUUCAACACAAUCAUAACUUUAAUCUACAGAAGAGUGAUAACAAAUAUUGAUAAUGCCUACAAUCCAUCCACAGAAAGUGACCACACUGUAAUUUUCACAAGUAUCUUCACUGCGCCCAUAGCAGGCGUUUACUACUUCACCUUCUAUUAUCAUUCUGCAAUGUUUCACCCAGUAGAUCUAAACCUCUACAAGAAUGACCAGUUUCUCGCAAAGUCCCAUGACCAUGAGGCAUUGCAAGACAGGGCCGACAACGGAGGCAACGCAGUGUUUGCGCAGCUGCAGCAGGGGGACCAGGUGUUCGUGCGCAUGAGUGCUCAUACACAUGUUUGGGCAAACAAUGUAUCUACCACCUUCAGCGGUUUCUUGGUCAAUGAAGUUUGAGAAAAAGGGAAGGCGAUUAAUUUGUCAUCAUUAUUACGGCGUAAAGUUUAAGACUUAAACGUGCAGUGUGUAGGAUUUGUUAGUAUCUAGUGAUGAGUAGGAACAGGAAAAAGUCAGAGCUUGUAGCAACCGUGCUAUGAGGUUAGAUGAUGCUGGAAAUAAUCUAAAUUAAUAACAGCUAAUCUGUGAGUUUAGGUUCUCUCCUUUUUAUCUUUUUGCAUCUCCGACGCAGACUAUGAUGUUUAGCUUUUGCAUGUGUGCUUUUAAUUAAAAAUAAAAAGUAAGAAUGCAAAAGCGGUGUACACGUUUGCUAACUUUCUUUAUGAAGCCAAUUAAAUAUCUGGGUCCAUUAUUUGCAUCAUUCACAAACGACAGAAUUCCACAGAUGGGUAAACAUUAUUAUAAUGUUAAUUUCUAGCCACAAU